AUGUCCUGUCCUUAUCCUAACUGUAAUAACCUCGUUGACAUUCUUGAGGAAUUUUUUGCGCUACCGCCUAGGCAAGAUUCUGACUUGAGUACAGCAUCAGUAAUCGGUAGAAUGGAAAAACAUCUCACAAUAGUAUCUCAAGGAAACGCGGAUGAAAAUAUGGUGGAUGUGAACGACUCGCGAAGUGAAAAUACUUCCAUAUCUGAAGCAGACGAACGUAGUCGCUCAAAUAAUGGAAGCGCUAACUUAGAGUCUAACAAAAGACCCCUCGAAGAAGGAGCACAAAGUUCCAAAAGUGCUGAUAUCAUGCAUGCAGAAAACUUCUCAACACAGUUUUUGGCAGAUGCAUUCCGUAGAGAAUAUCGAGAUCCAUCAGGAGUUAUAACCUACUUGCAUAAGAAGCUUUGUGACUAUGCUGCAGCAUGGGAUCUGGAUAAUUACUAUUUUCCUGGUACUGCUGGAGUUCAAACCACAGGUUCUGGAAAGUCAAAGUCAUUCAUCACAAUGUCUGAAAAAGGUGUAUAUGUAAUCUAUUGUAGCUUCAUGCCAGAAAAUGCAACAGGCUUCCCCAAAAGAUCAACAAUUGCAGACUACUUGAACAGUGAUAACUUGUUAGCAAUUGAAAUUGAGCGGCGAUUCAUUUGCUUCAUAUGUGCCUGUUUAGAUGCUGUUGCCAUCUGCCAUCAUGAAGGUAUUAACCCACGACAUCUGUUAGACAACCAUUUGCCAUCAGGCAGUGAGUCUGAUAACAAGUUUUGGCAGUGGAUUCGGAUUCACAUGGAGCAAGUUUCUGAGGAACUCCAACCUGAUUCAUCACAGCCAAUUACUCAUACUUGUAUUGCUGAAGUAAUGGGAUACUAUACAAGAUAUGCAAAUAUUGAACAGCAGUAUUCAUCUCAGGAUUUUUUGACAAAACAACCAGAAAGGAAUGAGUUUUAUCCUUUAGCUCCUGCAGGGAUACCAGAGCAUGCUGAUGAGACACACUCAAAAAAUGCACAGGUUGAUGGAAGUGGGGUCUUUGCAGAUACCACAUCAAGAAUCUCUAACCUCGCACUGCCAGUGGGACUGGAUCCUUCAGAGCAUGUUGUAGGUGGUGGAAGGAAGUUGUAUCAGCCAUUAUAUCUGCUAGCAUGUGUGGAUGUGGAUAUUCAAGAAAUUUCCAACCACACUUUGGAUGAAGUCUUUGUUCCAGCUGUACUAUUUCGAUAUGGUAGACCAUUAUGGUCAUCAUUGAUUGGUCGUGAAACACAUGAAGGAAUUCGCAGGCUUGCUGCAUCAAAGCUUGUUGGUGGUGGAGAACGUUACCUCAAACUUUGGAAUGAUGAUAAUCCUGAGCUGUUUCAUGAACUUGAAGCACUAAGUAUUUUACGCAGUCGCUUUCCAUUCCAAGUAUAUAGAUCUGAUAUGUCAUCAGAACUUGUUGCAGGCUAUCUCUCUUGGUGCCUGUACAUAUCUGAGGACCGCUGGCUGGUGAACUCAUCCAUGCCAUCAGAGGCAGUCAUUGCAGAUGCUGGUGCAAGAUGGAUGUCAAAGCAAAGAGUUUUGAAGCAGUUGUUAAGUCACCUCAUCAAGGCUAUAACAACUGGCUGCAUAGAUGCUGGUCAAGGAGGAGAGAUUUCCACACAGGCCUUAGCCAUACUAGCCCGAGACAAGGUUGCACGUCAUAUUAAUACCCCAUUGGGUAAUGAUUCAGUUCCUUUUAUGUCUACACCAAUGUUUUUGAAGGACUUUCUACAAGCUUUGUUUGCCCCAUCUGUUGCAAAGAGUGUAGCAGAACGCAGUUUGAAAUUAUCAAAGAAGACCAAGCUGAUGGAUGUUGUCGCAAUUGGCAAGAUUGCAUUCACACAUUUUGUCUAUGUUGACAGAAUUCCAAAUAUUGCAGAGAUGCUUCUAUUGUUUGCUCGUGGUGCAGCUGUUUGUUGUCGUCGGGGACAGCCAGGUUGUGAUCUUAUCAUUAUUAUACUACUUCCUAAUGAAAAUGACCAGUACAUACUUCAGGAGCAAAAUAUCACCUACUUGCUGAUACAGGUGAAGAAUUAUCAUAAUCGUGCGAAAGAUCCAGAAUACAAGACUUCUGCAACAACAAAAUUGUCAUCAGCAUUUGCAGGAAUAGAACAGGCUCCCCGACAUCUAUAUUUGUCAAUGUAUAUGGGAUUUGGUGGCAAAAAGGCUUGGCAUGAGUUCCCUGAACCUGGAGUUCCUGUUUCAGCAAAUGAUGAUAUUCUGAAGGAUUACCUGGUAAAAGGCCCUGCAUAUGAAUCAAAGCUCCAGCAGCUUUGCUCUAGCUGUCUCACACAAAAAACAGUGGAAACAAUCCGACGUUACCGCCAAAUUUCCUUUGCAGUUUUUGGGUUUGAUGCUGAGUUGUAUCCCUGCUGUGUUUUUCAAGAAAACUUGCUGCCACAACAACACAAACGACAACGUAUCUCUACAAAUAAGUGUUUUGUUCAGAUAUGGGGUGGAAGUCAUGAGUCUCAAUUUGCAAUGGAGCUUGGCCCAGAAACAACCUGCAUUGUAAACUGUAUCCACCGCUUACUGCGAAGUUUUCCAGAUCCUGUAUCAUUUCAUUCAAAUGAAGUGGAAAAACA